UGCAGCAGCAGGCACCGCCCCUUGUUGUCCACAUAACCUAGCAACGGAUCUACAAUAAUCUUAAGAGCAAGUGAAAUUUUUCGACGCGUCGAAGUGAUGACGUCAGUCAGGCCACGCUUUUUCACUCCUGCUCAGGUGUCGGCUCACAACACGUCAGCGGACCUGUGGGUGUCCUUCCUGGGUAAAGUGUGUGACCUGACCCCUCUGGUGAAGCAGUACGAGGGUGAUGUUCUGCUACUGCCCAUCUUAGAGUUUUCAGGAAAGGACAUAAGCAGCUGGUUUGACCCUGAGACCAAAGAUGUGUUGACCUUCAUCCAUCCAGUGACCAACUGUGUGAGCUACUACACGCCCAGGGGACGUUUCGUGCACAUUCCCCCUGCUGGGCCUCGCUCCGACUGGGCCAGCGACAUCGACCCAGCCUGGUGGAAAGACCAACACUACGAGGUGGGGCGAUUGUCCUCUAAAACCAGGUGGAUACGGGUCAUCAACACACUGACGUCACAGGAGCAGCGACUGGAGGUGUGUUCCGAAGAGACGCUGGCUGAAAUCCGGGAGCGUUACCUGCCCUACAACUCGCACGCAUGUAGCUACACGUGGAAACACAACGGAGUGUGUCUGGACAUGAACAAGACACUGAGCGAGAAUAACGUUCCGGACGACGACGUCAAGCUCCAGCUGCUGCGCCUCGACUGUGACCUCUUCACCCCUGCCAUCCUCCUCCACUUUAAUGAUGACCUCACUGAGGGAUGACCUGAACAAAAGACUUGUCUCUGUAACGCUUGUUUUCUUUUUGUGUCAUCGGGUUGCUUGAGUGUAAUUCACUUUUACAACACUGGCAUUGAACGCAUCAUUGCAGGUUGCCCGAUUGCAGCUGAGAUAGGCUCCAGCAACACCCGCGACCCCGAAAGGGACAAGCGGUAGAAAAUGGAUGGAUGGAUGGAUGGAUGGAUGCAGGUGGCACAGGGGUUAGUGCAUGUGCCUCACAAUAUGAAGGUCCUGGGCUUGAGAUCUUUCUGUGUGGAGUGCGGGUACUCCGGCUUCCUCCCACCUCCAAAGACAUGCACCUGGGGAUAGGUUGAUUGGCAACACUAAAUUGGCCCUUGUGUGUGAAUGUGAGUGUGAAUGUUGUCUGUCUAUCUGUGUUGGCCAUGCGAUGAGGUGGCGACUUGUCCAGGGUGUACCCCGCCUUCCGCCCGAAUGCAGCUGAGAUAGGCUCCAGCACCCCCCGCGAUCCCAAAAGUGACAAGCGGUAAAAAAUGGACGGGAUGGAUGCAUCAGCAAGCUAUGAAAGUUACUGUGGACUUCUUUGUCAAUUGUUUAAUUGGCAGUGUGCGUCAAUACAGAGUGAGUUACUGUAUAUGCACUUUAAUAUCACUUGCUAUGUGCUUAAACUAUUACGGCGUGUAAGUGGGAUAAAAUAAACAACAUGUUUACUUGACCCACUUCCUGGGAAACUUA